AUGGCUGUUCAACUAGUCAGGAUACAUAUCAAAGACUGGAUUGAUCAUACCGAACAAAUCAUCGCAGAUAUGAAAACCAUCUCAACCGAGCUGAAUCGUGUCAAAAAAAUCAGCGCUAUCUCACUCAUCACCGGUUCAUCAAUUGGUGUCGCCAGUAGUGGUGCAAUUAUCGCCGGUGCAAUUUUGCUGCCACCCGUCGCCAUUGCUGGCGCCGCAAUAGGUGCAGCUUCCGGUGUAAGUAAUUGUGCCACAGGGUUGUACAAAUGGAACCAUCGGCGAAAUCGUAUUGAAACGUUGAAUGCCUAUUUCGAGAAAAAUAAAGAGCUUUUCAAAAACUUUGUGCGCACUUAUGAAACGCUAUUUGGGACCAGUGCAUAUUUCGAUAGAUUUUCGAAUGAGUCCAGCGAAUUUGUGAAUUUUGAUAAGAUUCACGUGGCUGGCGCAGCUAUGGUUGUCGCAAGAGGCGGUGCUAUACUACAAUCAGUUCCGAUUACUAGUUUGACAGCACUUGGAAAAGGAUUAUUGCAUAGUAUUGCGUUGGUUGGAAUUGCUGUGGAUUUGUUGACGAUUGCGAUAAAUGCCAAGGUUUGUAGGAAAUAGUUUAUAAGCCACAUAAGUAGGCUAUCGAUUUUUCCAGGAGCUCUCGAAAAAUUCCUCCCUCGCCGAAGAAAUUGCAACGCACCAACAAAUCCUCGAACAACAUAUUCAAGAACUUCGCGGUUUUUUCGAUGAUCCUACCCCACGAAUUUGUCAAGUUUCAAGUGGCUCGGAUGAUGAUGACAAUGAUGAGGGAAUGGGAUCAUCAACAAGACCGACGAGCUCUUGCGCAGAUUCAAUUGAACGCCUUUCAACUUUGAGUGAUGACAAUUAA